AUGGGACUUGGUUGUGUUACAUUAUUACACAUAUCAAAAGGAAACAUUCGUCCUGAGCGUUCUACCGCUCUUGUAGCCCGUGAGCUACAUCGUUAUAAUAUUGACGUUGCUGCUCUAAGCGAGACAAGACUCCACGAUUCGGGAUCACUCACAGAGGCAGCGGGUGGAUACACUUUCUACUGGAAAGGCAAACAUUCUUCAGAGAAACACGAAUCAGGAGUUUGCUUUGCUAUCAAGUCCUCCAUCCGAUUAUCUGAGCUUCCAGUUGGACAUUCGGACCGCAUCAUGUCACUUCGUUUGCUGUUGAAUAAGCAACGUUCGCUCCAUCUCAUCAGCGUGUAUGCUCCUACUAUGCAGCAUUCUGACAUCAUGAAAGAUGCAUUUUAUGAAGAUUUGUCAGCCAUCAUUCGCACUAUUCCAGCCCACGACAAAUGCAUCGUCCUUGGCGAUUUCAACGCUAGAGUUGGCAAUGAUUUCCACACCUGGCCAUCCGUUCUCGGUCACCAUGGCAUCGGCAAUGUAAAUAGCAAUGGUAAUCUUCUCUUAACAAUGUGCGCUGAAAACAACCUGACCAUCACCAACUCGUACUUCCAACUACCAAACAAAUUAAAGACAACAUGGAAGCACGCUCGCUCUGGUCACUGGCACCAAAUUGACUACAUCAUUACAAAGUCAAAAGACAUAUCAGACUUCCAUGUCACUAGAGUCAUGCGAGGUGCUGAUUGUUGGACGGACCAUAGACUUCUUAUUUCAAAGGUGUGUCUUAAGAUCAGCAAACCUGCACCCAGAAAAGCUCAGAAAAUUCCGAAGAAAUUCUGCGUCUCGAAACUCAAAUCAGAAGAAGUCGCAACAUCCCUCAGAACCUGCAUCGACGAACAGCUACAGAAUAUCGCUGCUCCAGAGUGGGAUAGUCUGAAGACGGUUCUUCUUAACUCAGCUGAGACUGUCCUUGGCUACCAAAAGCAUUCUCAUAAGGACUGGUUUGAUGAGAAUGACGUAGAAAUUGCCGAACUGAUGAAAGCAAGAAUGAAUGAAAUCGGUGACAGACUAAAGGAAAUAAAGAGGACCAUAGCGAACAGACUCCGAGUUAUGAAAGACAAAUGGUGGCAAGAACGCGCAGAAGAGACCCAAAGAUAUGCUGACACUGGAAAUGCGAAAGAAUUGUUUCGGUCGCUGAACGUCAUUUACGGGCCAAAAAAGAGCUCCGUUGUCCCGUUGCUCAACUCGGACGGUACCAAGCUCCUUACGACAUCCGACGACAUCCGAGAACGGUGGACUGAGCACUUCACACAGCUUCUAAGCGAGACCAGCAUCUAUGAUGAGGAUGUCAUCAACAACCUCCCUCAAUGA